GGAGGAGUGAGUCAAUUAUCUGUGAGUUCUGCCGAAGGAAAACCUACAACUUACCAGCUGCUGGGAGAGAGAGACAGGGAGAGAGGAAGAAUCAUUAGACAAAUUUUAAAAUUUAAAGAAAAAGCAAAGCCACCUCUGUACUGAAAAGGGAGCAUUUUUAAACAAAUCUCAGAUGAGAGGGAAACCCUGCUUUACCUGCCAAGAUUUUUGUGCAGUGCAGGAGUGAAGGUGUACUUUCAAACCUACUAUCAUAAGAAACUCCCAGGCCCCCCUCCUGAACCCGAAUGUGCUUCCCCCCCUGCAGUAUGGGUCAGCUGAAUGCACAUACCAGCCUUGGCAGCUAGGUGUCGCACCAGAGGCCAGUUCCAACCAAAUGAGUCUACAAAUUACAAGUUGCAAGAAAAGCAAGUGUGAGUGGGAGACCUAGAGAACUGAGAUUAUCAGGAGAAGAGCAAACCUCUUCAGAAGGGAAAAACUACCUCUGGUACAGAGAGCCUACCUUGGAUCAUGUCAGUCUUCUGACCCAAUAAAGAUCACUCAUGGGGGACCAGCUGCUGGAUCACUCUGGUCUUUCCCAGUCCAGCUAGGGUCCAAAGCGGUCAAGAGGAGCCCAGCCCAGCGACUUGGGAUCCAAAAAGGAUCAGCAACACAUCUGAUUAAAACCAUCAAGACAGAUUUAUCUACAGCACUAAGAUUCAGGAUUUCUCCUCCACACAAAGAAAGCACCAAGCAAUGAUGAAGACUCUGUCCAGUGGGAACUGCACCCUGAGCGUGCCAGCCAAGAAUUCUUACCGCAUGGUGGUGCUGGGAGCCUCCAGGGUGGGCAAGAGCUCCAUUGUCUCCCGCUUUCUCACCGGCCGCUUUGACGACCAGUACACUCCCACCAUUGAGGAUUUUCACCGUAAGGUCUACAACAUUCGGGGCGACAUGUAUCAGCUGGACAUUCUGGACACAUCUGGGAAUCACCCAUUCCCCGCGAUGAGGAGGCUUUCUAUACUGACAGGGGAUGUUUUCAUCCUGGUAUUCAGUUUGGACAACAGAGAAUCCUUUGAUGAGGUCAAGAGGAUCCAGAAACAGAUCCUUGAAGUCAAAUCCUGCCUGAAGAACAAGACCAAGGAGACAGCUGACCUCCCCAUGGUGAUCUGCGGCAACAAGAAUGACCAUAGUGAAGUCUACCGCAAGGUACGCUCAGACGAAGCAGAGAAGCUUGUCUCCAGUGAUGAGAACUGUGCUUAUUUUGAAAUCUCAGCCAAGAAGAACACUAAUGUGGACGAGAUGUUCUAUGUCCUCUUCAGCAUGGCCAAGCUACCUCACGAGAUGAGCCCUGCCCUCCACAGGAAAAUCUCUGUCCAAUACGGUGAUACCUUCCACCAAAAAUCCUUCAGAAUGCGCCGGGUCAAAGAGAUGGAUGCCUAUGGCAUGAUCUCCCCGUUUGCUCGCCGACCUAGUGUCAACAGUGACCUGAAAUAUAUCAAAUCCAAAGUUCUCAGGGAAGGCCAGGCAAGAGAGAGGGAGAAAUGCACUAUCCAGUGAAGGGGAGCCACCAUUCUGAGUGAGGUCAUUGUGUUUGGUGCAGUGCCUUAAAGAAAAUGGUUUGAGAAUGGGUUCAUAGCACCCACCUGAUGGAGGAUGCCCACUAUGGCUGUACGGAUGGCUCUUCCUCAGACCACCGCAGAAUUGCUAGUGUAAAUAGUAAACUUCCAAGUUACCCUUGUAAACAGUUGAGGAAAUCGGAGGUUUCAAAAAUGACCAGCUUCUUUAUUUUAUAAUUAAGUUGCUCUUCGUUCUUCUCCUAUCUGAAGAACUUGGACAUGUAAAGAAGGAUUUGCUUUACGUCUACCCAGAGAGUAGGUCAGUCACACAGAGAAGGCAUUGGGUAUAUGUAAAUAACUGUAAUUCAUCAUUCUGCUGAGGAAAAACAAAUGUGAGACUUUUUUUCAAGCACACUUUUAAAAUGCUCCAGUUUAUUCAACUUCAUUCAAAGGAGAAUGGUGUUAAUCCAGGCUCCCCGGACUGAAGGUGGACUCUAUACAUGGAUAUGCAAUUCUGACUUGCCAGUAAAAUGACUUUUGCUUUCAAGUAGCUUAAAAGGUCUGGGUGCAAUGAAAUUUUGCUGUACUAGUGGCAAUUUCUGAAAGCGAUUGACGUAAAUGUCACUUUUGUAUUUCAGCUUUAAUCUUGUUUUUGUUUGUUUUGUUUUUUUAAGUGAAACCAGAUGGCAAUUGUGUAUUUGAAACAAAAACCGUGUCUGUGUUCUAGAAUUGCCAAGUUUUUUUGGUUUAAGGUUACAUAAUAUGCACAGUAAUUGAAAGUGAAAUUGUUGUACUGUAAAGCCAACACUUCUGACUGCUAUGCUCUCCUUGUGUGUGAUUGUGUCUCAAAACAAGCACAAUUCUGCCACAGGUACUCUGAAUUCUUUAUCUUAAAUUCUCACUCCUCCCUCCCCUUUCUCCCCACACACCCAUCAUCAAAAUAGUUCCAUCCACCUGUGUUUGACAUGAGGUAGACCUGAUUUGAAUUUUGAUUUGGACCAUUAUAGAAAGAGAUUUGGACCUUCCCAUGAAAUUCAGGGGUGACUGGACAUGGGGCAUUGAUUUUUGGACCAAUUCCUCUUGGAACCAUCCCUUCAGACCAGAGUUCUCCUUAUUAGGUUUCCCCCAAUGGAGAAUGGGCUUAACCACCACUAAAGUCCCUGAGAGUAUAGUCCUUGUGCUAGCUCUCUGCAUGAGGGUGAAUUUCAAAACU